AUGGGCAUGAGUAUAGUUUUUGAUAACGAACUUACUAAGGCUAAUUUCUUAGAUGUCACACUAAACCUCCAUAGCGAUUCUUACUGCCCCUACCAUAAGCCUUCCACUAACUUAAAGUAUGUCAGCGUUUUCUCGAACCACGCUAAAACUAUAACAGACAAUUUGGUUAAAAACAUUUCUCAAAGAUUAACUAAUUUGUCUGCUAAUGUCGACAUUUUUAGGCAGAAAGCGGAAUUUUAUAAUGCUGCCCUGUCUAAAGCCGGUUAUAGGGAGAAGGUAGUAUAUAUAGAUCCGGCCCUUCCGAUGACAGCAUUCUGUCAUCAGGAUAGGGCCGGCUACAAUAACAUAAAUAAUUUAAGUAGUGAUGGUAGCCUGAGGAAUGUCGAGACAAGCACAUCUAGAAUAAAUAUAGAUAACAUAAAUAAUUUGCGGCCCAGGGGAGGCCAUAGUAAGCCCAAACCUUUUAUUCAACCUAGAAAUACCCACCUUAAUGUCAGAGUUGACUCCCCGACCCAGUACAAAAACAGGAAUAAAUAUAUUUGGUUUGUAAUUCCCUUUGGUAAACAAAUAAGAUCUAACCUACCCCUGCAGUUUUGCCAAGCCAUUGCCAGUAAUUUUCCCAGAAAUUCCAGAUAUUACGCCACUGUUAACUCACACAAAGUUAGGAUAGCCUUCUCCAAUACUAAAAAUCUCUCACAGAUAAUUUCCUCCCAUAACAAUAAGCUGCUAAAUAAGACCCUCUCACCCACGUUCGGAGACGCAGCUCCGUCUAAUGCCAGAAUAACGCGCAGUAAUAAUAAUAAUAAUAAUGAUAAUAGAACUGGCACUGAGAUUAGCAAUCUUCAUACCAGCCAUGGAGUUAAUAGGAAUAAGGAUAAGAGCAAUGGUGGCGGCAUUAACGUUAGUAAUGGUAAUAGGGAUGAGAGCACUGACCGAGUCAUUAAUGUAGGGAGUCCCAAUAACAAUUUUAGCACGAUUUUAACAACAGUAGUAUCACGGACAUUAGCAAUCACAGCGUUCUCAGUGGCAGAGAGUAUACAGGUGAUAUUCCAUUAA